AUGUCAGAGGCAACAACUGACAAUAAAAUGAUACCCAGCAGAAAUGAUGUCAACAAGCAUGAAGUGUCCCUUGAAGUUUGGGAUUCAAAUCUGAACAAUAAUGAAAAACAUCGAGUACCCGUGUGUGCUAUAGAAACCUCACUUCAACCUUUGUGGCCACUCUCAGUCCCGGAGUUGAAGCAUCUGUUUCAUUUCCAAGCCACCAUGAGCUAUAGCAAGCAAGGGUCACAGAAGGUCCUUCCCGAUUUAAGGAACAACAUGACAAUCAAGUACCGUUCGUCUCCGAUCCCUCAAGAAGAGCAAAAGAAUCCUAAGAAUUCACAAAUGCAAAUGGGAUCCCGAAAAAGACCAAAUGAGACAUCUAACAACCAAGAGCAAAGACUCUAUUCUUCUAAGAAAACUCGACAAGAUCAGAACACUCUCCCAACUAAAACAAUCAAGAUCUCCGUGGUGGGAAACCCCAAGAAAAACCCCUGCGAUCUCACCUAUAGGGAGACAGGUAGCUUAUAUGAGGCACUGAACACCCUUGACCUUGUCAAAAGAGAGAUAGAAAAACAGCCAGGCAAAGAAAUGCUGGUGUGUGGCAAAGAAGGAAUAGAAGGGUACAUAAACCUCGGUAUGCCCCUCCGUUGUUUUCCACAAGACAGCCAUGUAGACAUUACAUUUUUCAAAACUGAAAGUGAGGAGAAAGAAAAUAAUGAAGUGUGUGGCCGCUUUGACCAGUCAUCUGCUGAGUGCGUUGUGUUUUACAUUCAUGCAGUCGGGAAUUGGGAGCAAAGAAUUUUUAGGUGCAGGGAUCUUCACUAGGAUGGUAUCAAACUCUGUGUCUAUGGUUUCAAGGGAGAGACCAUCAAGACCACUCUGAGGAAGGAUGGCAGGUUUCGCUCCUUUGUAGAGAGUGACCAUUGGAAACUCAUUAACAAUGACACCGUCGUAGCAAACAGCCAGCCAGUAGAUGUGUUAGAGGGUAAGCUCUUUCAGAUUGAUGUUGAGAGAAAGGAGAGCCCUUGGGCAGCAGAAUGUGAGAAAGUGAGAGCAUGUAUCAAGGAAGAGAGUGAGAAUAGUAAAGAAGAGUCGCUUUUCAAAGCCCAUAAGAAGAAGUUCAGUGAAGUGGCAAAAAGCUCUACUCCAGUUGAAAUGCUCAAACUUCUUUCACUCUUCAAGGCUUCCACUGGGCUCAUAGUUUGGGACAAUAAUGGGAACAGGGGUAGAGCCACUUGCUUUGUUUUCAGAGGGUUGUACAUUUUCACUUGUCGACAUGUAUUAAAUGACAUUGUGGGAAAAGGAAGAGAGCUAAGUAUGUGUCUAGACCUAAUUAGCCAAUGUGUAAGGGUGAUAUUUGAUGAUGAAUACUGUGAAGAGCCAACCUCAAACUUCAACAGUUGCUUUCGCAUUGAACCUUGGCUUGACAUAUCUGAUAAAAGGCUUGACUAUGCUGUCCUAAAACUGAAGGAAAAUGGUCAAAAAGUGCCUGCCGGGCUGUAUAAUAACGCAAUAGCUGUUGUACUUCCCAGUGAGCUGAUAUACAUGAUUGGCCAUGAAAAUGGAAACAAGGUUUUGGAUCGUUGUGCAGUGGUCACUCAAGGUAAACAAAGAGAGAAGAGUCAGCAAUUUGUUCAUGGAACAGAAGCAGCAGGUCAUAGCCAUUAUUCUAAGUUACUCCCUAUGUGUACAAAAAGAAGUUUCCAAGAAAUGAACGUCAACCCUAAUGAUUUUACCUAUAAUAUUUUUUAUAAUGGCUCUUCUGGAUCUCCACUAUUUGAUUGUAAAGGUUCUCUAGUAGCCAUGCAUACUGUUGGCUUCAUUUGUGAGUAUGAAAGUGGAGUUUAUAAUGUUAUUGAGGUUGGCAUAAAGAUGGAAUCCAUCCUUGCUGAUAUUAAGCAAAAACAUAAUCAAUGGUAUGAUGAUGUUUGUGUAAAUCAGCAGGAUGUUGAAAUGCGCAGUGAAGCCUAUACAAAUGUAUUUGAACAGGAUGUAGAAAUGUGAAGAGUUUUGAUGGUCGGAGAGUAUUUGUUCCCGUUUGCUCUCUUUAAGAGAAUUGGGUUUUUAAAGGCAAUACUAUGUUUUUCCGACCUUCAAAGCUGGAAAUGUGGCUCACUGGUUGAGCACUUGCUUAGCAUGCGUGAGGUUCUGAGAUUAGUCCCCAGUGAAAAAUGUCUAUGAUAGCACUCAAAUAAAUUUCCAAAGUUGUUGUUCUCGCUGGCUUUUUAAAACGUUGAAGCCAUCUUUAGUCUCACUUAAUGGCUCAUACACACUUUUACAGAAACUUGGGCAUUUUCUAUUCUAAACUGGUAGGAUACUUUCUCUCUUCAUAACUGGCAGUGAUGCAUGAUUGCUAACAAGUUUUCAGAAUCGUUGGCAAUCAGAAUCUCUCUCCUUUCCACCUGUGGCACGCAAGGUGGAAUGAAACAUUUGGCAGAAGGAGAAUGUUCCAGAGUGUCUGCACUUUGCUCUGGCUCAGCGGUCACUAACCCUCCUCAGGCAGCUAUGAAGAAGGUCUGAAACACCAAUAGCUGAAUCUUGGGGCAACAAGUCCUGACUACUUGUUAAGCCUUGAUGCAGGGAGAAGCUAGGUCCUGCCUCAACUUGAUGUGCCAGGCUUUGCUGAUUCCCAAGGGAGGCCUCACCCUAUCUGGAUGGAGAAUGAGGAGGAAG